CCGAAACUUCUAUUGUCAUAUACAGCGCCAUGAGCUUCCGCAUGAGUUUAUGAAAGAAAAAAAAACAAGAAAAACAAAAAUCGCAGUGCUGCAGCGUCCUCAGGGACUUUGGACUUACGUCCCCUCGGCCUCUCGGCCUCUAAACCGCGUCUUGUCGUGAUAUCACUUCCCCACUUCCUGAGACUUGCCAACAGAUGAAUGACCCACUUGGGGUUAGGAGCAGAUGGUCUUUGCUACGUCGACUUCUUGCCUCUAUACAGAAGAAGAGUCCUCAACCCGGCACAGCCGUCACAGCCGUCACAGCCGACACAGCAGAGCAACAAGACCAUUAUGACCACAAUCCGCUCCUCGAUCUUCCCAACGAGCUAGUCCUCACGGUUGCGAGCUUUCUGGACCAGGAGUCUCAGCUCCUGCUGAGCCUCUCGUGUCGACGACUUCGUGUUCUUCUCAACUCCCACCUCGACAUGGCGCUUGGUGAUGAUAGGGCCACCAAGGUGCGGUUUCUACAACUUCUGGAACUCGACUACCCGGAAUAUCUGACAUGCCGCUCCUGCGGCCUUCUGUAUCUCUGGCGGAAGAUGGAAUUCUUCCAGUACGAUUGUCCGCGUGCCAACCACCACCUGGUUGCGGAUAUACUAGUAUCAUGCGGUCAGUUUAUCCAAGCAGGAGACAAGAAAUAUGUCUGGGUGAGGCGUGGAGUGGUCGACCUGAUCUUGCGAGCCUACGAGCAUGGGCCCCCUCACGGCUUACCUGUAUCUUUCUUGAACAUGAGCGGUCAUGAUCACCACGGCGUUUCUCGAACGAACGAGGCACGGUUGGUGGACGGUCAACUUAUACUGGCCAGUCGAAUGGAGGUGGAGGCAGAGUCGGGACUUGAAGUGAAGGUGAUGGCGCGCCUCUUCCUCCCGAAUAUAUGCCUGCAUCUAUGUGCCACUGCAGGGGCCAUCGACAAGAUAUGGCAGACCUUCGAGCAAGCCGUCGCAAGCAUGAUAGUAGGCUCGGAGAAAUCCGAAGUGUUCAAGUGUCCCUUCUGCGAAACUGACCACCAAGUGCACGUGAAGAAGACCGCGGGGAAUCGGGCAAGGAUCGUUCUGAAUGUUUGGAGAAACUACGGACGACGAUACGGGAACAGGCUGUCGACUGAGCAGAUCUUUCAUCGAGACCCAGCGUUGCGGCUUGAUACCGAUACAGUCUCGCAGAGGGAUGUGCGAGCGGCCUUUGAGUCUAAAACGGAGUGUAUUCCAAGUAUGGAGACAUAGUCAUGCCUAGAAG